AAAAUAAAGUUUCAGCAUCAUCAAGUUUUGCCCAUAAUCGAAGUUGAGUUAAUGCAAGCACUGGAUCAGUCAACAAACGUCCAUGAUGAGCCAGAGCUUGAUAUAAAUUGUCCCAGUUCGCCACAAACAGGUGCAGAAAGCAAUUGUGAAGAUCUUGUCAAUGAUGAUGAUGGACAGCAGAUGUUGGCACCAGAUUAUGAGAAAUUCCGUCAAACCUACAACAGAAUGGAGACCUCAAAAAAAUGGGUGUUGAGUACUGGAACUGUUGUAGAAGAUAAUCUUUAUGAUUUUGGGCUAAAAUGUACCCAGGAGCACCUUUCCCAUUCCUUUAUAUUAGAUCCGGAUGACAAAAAUUAUCUGAAUAAUGGUGUUUUUACAGAAAGUGAAUUGGCUGAGGUUCGGAAUUUUCGGGAAAAACAACUCCCAACAAUGCCUAAAGAACUUUUGACAUACCUUAACAGUUUCCGUCCAAAAACAACUACUGACCUUAGGCGAUUGAUUUUCCGGCAAGAAGAUAUGGAUCAAAACUUCAAUUGGCAGAAAGAUUUUGAUCGUGACUGGAUACGAAACACAGUUUAUAAUUUGCAUGCACUAUUAAAUUAUACCUCAGAAAGUCUCAAAAAGGAUCACUUAGAAAUGUGGUUGUUACUGCAUGUCUGGAGCUUUAUUGAUAAGGCAUUUGAAAAUUUAGGAGAUGUAGAGGCUGUGAGAGGUGAAUCUUGCAGCCUUUCAUCAUCUGAAAGGAAGAAUAAGCAACGGACCAUUUCUGCACUAACAAAAGUUAGAAGGAAGAUAUUAGGUCGAAGAGGGGAUUUGAUCAUUCGCAAAAUCUCUUUGGAAUAUGGAUGUUCAGAAGCGGGAAUGAUUUAUAAAGGAGAAAAUGAUACCAAAUUAUUGCAAGAGAGAGGCCUAAAAACUCCUAAGAUGAUUAAAGAUAUGUUUUAUCAUCUUUGCAUAGCUGUUGAUUGGGACGAACAAAAAAUUCGAAAAAUAGAGACAAUUGGGUUCUUGCAUGCAGGGCUCACAAUGAUGAUGCUGAGGCUUGACUCUCCUUCUGGCUAUACAUGUCGCAUUACACGCUCAAAAACUUUUAUCAUUCCUUCACAAGUUGCUGAGUUUGGUGCAAAGGCACUUCCAGCCAUUUUACUAGCAUGGGUGGCAAAAACAAUUGUUGCAAAUACAAUCCAUUUGGUUGAACAAGGAGAUGAGAAUGAUAUUAAUGAAGAGGAACUAUUACAAUAA